AUGGACAUCGACAUUUCCGACAUCCUCGCCUCGGUCACACGCAGCGUCCCAGGCGACCCGUCAUCAUCGUCGGUCUAUCUGGACACCGACACCUCAACAGACCACCAGCUUCUUACCCGCUCAUGGAUCUCGGAGCGGUGCGCGCCAGACCUGCUCUUCUACCCAACAGAACUGAUGCAACGCGUAAUGACGCGCGUACAGCACCAAAUCAACACGAUCGAAGACCUCGCCAGCGGCAUGGGUGACGGCUACAGCGCACAAAACAACAAAGGCGUCAACUCACGGCAGAACGCGAAUCUCACACUCUCAAUCCUGCAAACAGACCUCAGCCGCACGCAAUUUCUGAUCCGGAGUUUCCUGCGCCAGAGGCUUGCGAAGUUGACGAAAUUCGCGGUCUUUUAUUUGUCGAGUCUGGACACCGAUGAAAAGAACGUGUAUCUCAGUGCUGCGGAGACGGCAUUUCUGAAGAAUCAUCAGGCGCUGCUAUCGCGGUUCUAUGACGCAAGUUUUCUGCAGGCGUUUCCGGCGGGGUUGAGGCGCUUGGAUGAUUCGAGUGGUGGUGUGCCGAUGGUAGAGGGGCCCGAUGGCGCGACGGCUGUUGUGGUUAGAUGUUUGCUCCCCGAGGGGUGGAGAAAUGGGAGCGAGGUGGAUGAAAGGAAGGAAGGGGGUGCGAGUGUUGAGUUGAGGAUGAGUCGGGGCGAGGUAUGGGUGGUCAGAUGGCGCGAUGUUAGGAAGGGGGUCGAGAGAGGUGAUUUGGAGCUGUUAUGA